UGUCACCAGAGAGAGCUCGGAGCUUCAAAGAAGCAGUAGUGUCACUGAGGCCCGCAGCACAGCUGCGCAUAGAGGACUUUCAGCACUGCUCCCUUCUGUCCGAACAUCUAAACGCCUAACCUGGGACCUGACUUGGUGGGAUUGUUUCUGGUAAACUUCUUUUCCAGGUAACCAAGAGACUAAGACCAGAGAUAACCUCAAGAACAUCUGGAAAGGAAAUAUGGGGCAUCAGAAGAUUGGCGCAUUGGCUUUCUUCGUCUUAAUGCUCUCUCCUGCAGAGGCAACUGCACUGUACGACCCCAGAUUCUGCUACAUCCUAGAUAUCUUCCUGUUAUUCUACGGCAUCAUAAUCACAGUCUUGUUUCUACGUCAGAAAUUCUGCAGGCCCAAAGGCAAAGCAGAGACGGAGUCGGAUUAUCAAGACCUGAAGGGUGUCCGAUCCACCUAUGAUGGACUGAGACAGAGAGAUGCUGAGAGUGGACGAGCUCGCGGGGGUCGCAGAGACAUGGAGGACACAUAUACGCGUCUGCAGAAGAAGACAGAGGACACAUACAAAGAGAUCCAAGUGAAGAAAGACCGUCGUCAAAAUGACCAGGUGUACCAGGGUCUGAGCACCGCCACUAAAGACACCUACGAUUCACUGCACAUGCAGCCUCUGCCCCCACGUCGCUAACAGCAGCAGCUAUUAAGUAAAGUUCUGUUCUAACAGUUAUGAUGCAGUCCAUCCAAUAACUUGCAUUACUGAAGAAUGCAAGAGUCGGAUUUACGCGUUGUAUUCAUGUACAAUAGUCUCACUCCAUCUUGCAAAGUGCCAUUCAAAUUAGGCUGGUCUGAUGUUUUUGAUUUGAGCUGUUUGGUAUUCAGAGUGAACUGGAAAGCGUUUAAUAUGGUUAGAGAAUUUUAAACCUACUGUAAAUACAGUUUGACCAGUGAUACAAUUAUAAUACUCUUCACUCCGUGAUUUUUACAUUGUGUUUUCAAAUAUAAAACCUAUUCCAAUGUCCUUCUACAUUUCCAAAAACCUUAAAACAGGACCUAAAUGUACAUAGAAAAGCCACCAAGAUAGUUUAUUAUGCUCAAACUAACUCAAACUGUACAUGUUCCUAAGCACGGACACUCAUUAAUACACUUUUUUUUUGAAUGGCAUGUUUAUUUCCACACAUCUGUGCAGUAUUUCCCGAGGUAACAUUCUUACUUUCACGUGGUGGAUGGUUUGCCAUACGACAUAUGUGCUUACUAAAACUAGCAUAUGAGCUUGUUUCCAUCUAGCUAUAGACAUUUCUGUUUGCACAAACUAGCUACUGUAUGCUGUGAUAAGGGUCAUGAGCCGAUUUUAGCACAGACAGAACUACUUAUUUGGCUUUUGCUUAUAUAUAUUUUUAAAGAUUUUUUUAACUGAACUUAUACUGAGAAUAGCUAUACAUUCGCUGUUAAAUUGCUUUAUUUCUCCUUAUUUUGUUAUAUAAAAAUUCAUUCUCUUGUUGUGCUUUGUGGAUAAUUUUAGCAGUUAUACAGUGUAACCUGUGUAAACAGUGCUAUGGUAAUGCAUUUUCAUAAUAUUACAGACCUGCAAAAAGACAUUUUAAGAAAGACAGCAGACUACAAUACCAGACCAUUUCAUGAGCAAAAGUCUUAAAUAAGCCUUACUUGUGUGCAUUGUGUUGCUUUGUAAAGAUUUACCAGUUUUACUUAAAACAUAAUAAAAUGACUCGUUCCAUA